AUACAGUAAUCACUUCUAAGAUGAACAUUAACAGCGCUACGACUGAAACAGACCUAGUCCUUACUUGCUACAUUUGUGACGACCAAUACACUGGAGAUCGUAUUGAAUCACAUGUCAGAGAUUGAGAGAAGGAUUGGAAUUAUGAAGAAUUAGAGAAACCAGUUAAUGAAAGAAUUCCUCUUCCAAAGCCUACAAAAGAAUUCUUGACAGACUUUCAAAGAGCUACAGAUCUUCAUCACUCAAAAUUAAGUGUUAUUGGAGGAUUAAAUGAUAAAACCUUUACAGUAACUCCAAGUUCUAGCCGUAAUACGGAUAAAAAUAAUAAUCAUCUCGAGGUUCUAAGUUCACCUCUUAGACUAUCCCAUGAUAACUCUGAUGGAAAUAUUGAAUCUUCUCUUGCUGCUUGUCCAAUCUGCUCAAGGACAUUUUUCCCUGAAAGGCUUGGUAUUCAUCUAAAAUCCUGCAAGAAAGUACCUAGUUCAGUUAAAACCAAAAACCUCUGGAAUAAAAUCAGUGAAAAGUCGAAACAGUGGCUUAAAAAUAAGCCUGGCAAAAAUAACGGUAUAAAAAUCAAGAUACAUUCUUCAAUCAGAAAUCGAAAGAAACGAAAGGUUGUCAAGAAGCCAACCACGGAUGAGAAGUUUAAGCUCAGCGGAGUAAAGAUUAGUGGGAAAGCAAGUCAUAAAUCUUCAUCGAAGUCGUUUUCAAAAAGUGCUUUGGAGAGGCCCAAACCUUACCCAGAUGCGCAUAUAAGCACUCCUUCUGCUUUAUCUAAGACAGACGAGGACUCUAAGCAACAAGUUGCAGAAUUUCAGGAGAUAUACGGCUCUCCAGAACAGGAGGACAAUCGUGUCGCCUGCAGCACUUGUGGUAGGAAAUUCAAUCUAGAUCGAUUGCCAAUACAUCUCAAAUCAUGCAGCAAUAUGAAAAAGAGAGCUGUGUUUAAUAGUCAGAAAAAGAGAGUAGUCGAUGGCUCAAUGGGAAUUCCGACAAUGAAGAAGAAAGCCACACCAAAAAAUAAAGUAAACAAGGGAAACCUUACAGAGAAGAAAGCAAAAUGGAAGAGAGAUCACGAAGAUUUAGUCAACGCUAUUAAAAUGUCCAGGAUGAUCAAGAAGGUACAGGAGGAGGGAGGUGAUAUCACUAAAAUUCCUGUUGCUCCUCCUUCACAAAAUGAUGAUUAUGUUGAAUGAAGAUAUUGAUAUAGAAGGUAUGCUCCUGCAGUAGCAGAGAGACAUAUCCCCAAAUGUAAGGAUAUGAUCAAUAGACCAAAACCACCUCCACAUAUACUCAAGCGAUUGAAAGAGGAGGAAGGAAUGAGGAAAAGGAAGCUCAGAAUAAGAAAACUUCGUACUAAUAACCAUCAUAAAGAUAAAAAGAAUAUGACAGCUAGCAAUUUUAGCAAAGAACUUAAACCAGAGGCUAGAUCAACAAUCUUAAAUACUCAUUACCCUUUCAAACCAACUCUGAAAAAGAUCAAGGAAGUGAAUGAAGACAAUGAUCAUCAAGAAGUAUCACAUAAGAAACCACCAUUGCAUUUAGAUUUCCAUCCUAAAAGAGGGAAACACUUUGCUAAAGCAAUGAACUCGAAUGGGUUUUCGAGAUCAGGGAUAAAUAACAGCACUUCAUAUCAAACAAACUUUAAUGAUGUUGCACUGUCAACUUCGUCAUCAAGAAAUUUUGUCCAGAGUCCUCAUCGUUCAUCCCUUGAGAGCAGAAAUACUGCUAAGAGAGCAAAUAGCUUAAUUGCUAGAAGUGCAACUUAUUCCAGCAUCCCAUGUCCGCAUUGAGAUAGGAAAUUCUCAACUGCAGCUGCUGAGAGACAUAUCCCUAUAUGUAACUCAAUUAUAGCGAAGCCUAUUGGGCUGAGGAAAGCUCUGAGCAAGAGAUCAAGUGUGGAGUUGCCUCAUCUGUCUCAAGCCAGCUAUAAGAACGGUGGGUUUGAUAAGAGCCUUAUUAUUCAAACUUCAUCAACUUUUAGGUCAAACAAAGGAAGAUUACACCACUCCCAAAUUGUUGGCUUGCCGCCUACACAUAACGGAUGUUCCAACAGCGCAGGACUAGGCCGCACUAAAUCCAUUUUCCACUCCAAAAGAGUCUUCUGCACAUGCUGUGGUAUGAAACUCAGAUCAAGGGAUAAAUUCUGCUCCUCAUGUGGAGAGAAAAGGACCAAUCAAUAAAACAACUCCUCAUUCCACCUCUAACUGUGUCUAAACUACCUGUGAGUACUCGAAGCUCACUUCUCUAAUUUUAAAUACGCCUAAAGCCCCUUUC